GGCUUUGACAAGCCGUGCGUUUGACGUCAUUCUGAUGAGGCGGGACGAGUUGUGAGGGGAUAGAGAUAGAGGGUACAAGAUGUGGUUCAAGGGCAGCUCCAUGGAUUCUGGCACUGCUGUCAAUUCCUAGCCCAACUUCAGAUCAAUCUAAUCUAUCCAUUAUGGCCCCGAUGAAUAUCCUCCACGCCCGUCAAGAAUCCUCCGGCGGAUCAGACAAUUGUCCGAGCACGAUAUCAGGGGGAGCGAUUGCUGGGAUCGUGAUCGGAUCUAUCGCAGGCACGCUGUUAAUCCUCUGGCUAUUUAAAGUCUGCGCCUUGCCUGGCGCCCGCGACGGGGGCGAACCGGAUUAUGGAUAUGUCAGUGGUAAAGGAGGAACAGAGACUCGUCAUCGGCGUCGGCGUCGAAGGAGCCCGUCAUAUGUCGAAUAUAUCGAGAAACCCCCUCGCUCCGUGAGACGACCAGCAAAGGUGUAUUUGAAUUGAGCCUGGCAGACGAGUAACGACGUGAUGAGACGACGACAUUACGGGAGGACGUUUGAUGUAUACGACUACUGAAUACCUACUCUAAUCUUCAUUUCUCAUCUAUCACAAAUGUAUGUAUCCUCAAUUGA